AUCAGAGGAUGUGGCCGAAUUUAUGAGGGCGCCUUUCCCUGGCGCUCUGGGUCAGUUGAAUUUAGUGUGUGCCAAGACGAUCACACCGGGAAGAGAAGCUUUGUGAAGUACACUGCUAGAAAGAUUGUAGUUUUUAGUUUCUGGUGAUUGUAGUUUUUCCCGACAUGACUUUUUAAGUUGAAACAACCUGCAGAUUUUAAAUUUGUUCAUUCGACUUAACAUGUGCAUGACAGUGUGAAGACAUCAGCAACAUCCACAUCUGAAAAAAAAAAGCAAUCAUGGUAACUCUGAACACUCAGUCUGUGACGGCCCCAGUGGGCAUAAUCCGUCUGUUUGAGUUCGUCCUGACGCUCAUCACCUUCAGCCUGGUGGCAUCUCAGGGCCACACCAGCUUCUCGCUCUGGGCCUGGUGCAUGUUCACCUGGUGCUUCUGCUGCUUCGUGACCCUCCUUAUCCUCAUCCUGGAGUUCACCAGCGUCAACACCAAAAUCCCCAUUUCUUGGGACGAUUUCACUACAGCUUUUGCAAUGCUAUCCACGCUCAUGGUGUUGGCCGCUUCGGUCAUCUACCCGACAUAUUUCGUAUGCUCCCAGUGUUCGGUUGGGAUUGCAGCAUCUGUGCUCUCGUGUGUGUGUUUUUGUUUGUACGCAGCAGAAGUGGGUCUAACCCGAGCCAAACCCGGUGAAAUCAGUGGGUUUUUGGCCACAGUUCCAGGCUUGUUAAAAGUCUUGGAGACGUUUGUGGCUUGUAUAAUCUUCAUCUGUCUGGAUGAAACCAUUUACAAGCGCUUUCCUGGGCUACAAUGGUGCGUGGCGGUUUACUCCAUCUGCUUCAUCAUCUCUCUUCUAAUCAUCAUCCUGACUAUUGGACGCUUGCUAGGUCGAAUCCCACUGCCGAUGGACAAAUGCAUGACAGGAUACAAUGUCCUUGCGGUUUUGAUGUACCUCACAGCUACGAUCAUUUGGCCCUUCUACUGUUUUGAGAACUUUAUUAGACCACCACAGUGUGAUUUGCCCAUCAUUGUAUAUUGUUUCUGGGACAACCUGGUGGUGGUGUCCUGCAUGACGUGCAUUAAUCUGAUCGCCUACAUUGUGGAUACGGUUUACUCUGUGCGUUUGGUUUUGAUCACUUCUCCUGCCUAGGAAAAACAUACAAAUGCGCUUCUUACAUGAAUAACUUGGGAUAGUUCACCCAAAAAUGAAGAUUUAAUCACUAUUUACUCUCCUUUAAGUGGUUGCAAACCUUUAUAAACCUUCACAUAUUUAGAAAAAAGCUAAAAUCAUCUCACGGUUGACUAGGGAAAACAAAUAUUAUGGACAUCAUUGGAUGCAGGUUUCACACAUUCUUCAAAAUAUCUUCUUUUGUGUUCAGAUGAAGAAAGAAACUCAGGUUUGGAGCCAGGUUUGGAACAAGUGAAGGAUAUGGAAAUUAUGACAGAAUUUUCAUUUUUGGGUGAACUAUCCCUUCAGGCUGGAUAAGACGUUCACUUGCUAUUUUUAAAUAUGCUGAUUGUCUUUUCAUGUUGAUAGAUUAUGCAAGAAACUGAUUGGCAGCUUGUUGUUAAUGUGCUUUGAGGAAUGUUGACCAUAUAUGAAGAUAAGAAAUGCCAUCAUUAUAUUGCCUUUUAUUAGUAUAAUGUGACUGAUGUGUAACUGCAAAUGAGCUUACGAAAUAUAGCAUUGUUACACAAUCAUGCAAAUAUUAAAUAUCUAAUCAUUAAA